AUGACUACAGAAUCGGGAUCAGACUCUGAAUCCAAGGAUCAAGAUCAAGACCAGCAAGAAGCCCCUGCUCAGCAAGGGACAGCUGGGGCACAACCUCAAGACCAGCAGCAGCUCAGUGAGGAACAUCAGAACGCGAUACCCCAGUUCUCUGCUGUGGCAGCACACAGUACGCCUGUGAAAAAAGAGCAGGUCACUGACAGAGAACGGGAGUUUGCUGCUGCUGCUGCAAAACAGCUGGAAUACCAGCAGUUUGAAGACGACAAGCUCUCUCAAAAAUCAUCAUCUAGCAAACUCUCCAGAUCUCCUCUAAAGAUUGUUAAAAAGCCGAAAAACAUGCAGUGCAAAGUGACGCUCCUGGACGGCUCUGAAUAUGGAUGUGAAGUGGAGAAACGUUCCAGAGGUCAAAUAUUGUUUGACAAAGUAUGUGAACAUCUAAAUCUUUUGGAAAAGGACUACUUUGGGCUAACAUACAGAGACAUGGAAAACCAAAAGAACUGGUUGGACCCUGCAAAGGAAAUCAAAAAGCAGAUCCGAAGUGGUGCUUGGCAGUUCUCCUUUAAUGUCAAAUUUUACCCUCCAGAUCCUUCCCAGCUGUCUGAAGAUAUUACCAGGUACUACCUCUGCUUGCAGCUGAGAGAUGACAUAGUGUCUGGAAGGCUGCCUUGUUCUUUUGUUACUCUUGCUCUUUUGGGGUCCUAUACCGUUCAGUCGGAACUUGGAGAUUAUGAUCCUGAUGAAUAUGGAAGUGAUUAUGUCAGUGAAUUCCGGUUUGCACCAAAUCAUACUAAAGAACUGGAAGACAAAGUAAUCGAGCUGCACAAGAGCCACAGGGGAAUGACACCUGCAGAGGCUGAGAUGCAUUUCUUGGAGAAUGCCAAAAAACUAUCCAUGUAUGGAGUGGAUCUACAUCAUGCCAAGGAUUCUGAAGGAGUUGAAAUCAUGUUAGGGGUUUGUGCCAGUGGUCUCUUAAUAUAUCGAGACAGACUCAGGAUAAAUAGAUUUGCCUGGCCAAAGGUUCUGAAAAUUUCAUACAAGAGGAACAAUUUCUACAUCAAAAUCCGACCAGGAGAGUUUGAACAAUUUGAAAGCACUAUUGGGUUUAAGUUGCCAAAUCAUCGUGCUGCAAAGCGUUUAUGGAAAGUAUGUGUUGAACACCACACAUUUUUCAGGCUAUUGUUACCGGAGGCACCGCCAAAGAAAUUCCUUACACUGGGUUCCAAAUUCCGCUACAGUGGAAGAACACAAGCCCAAACCAGACGAGCCAGUGCACUAAUAGACCGUCCUGCACCUUACUUUGAGCGUUCUUCCAGCAAACGUUAUACUAUGUCUCGCAGUUUAGAUGGGGCAUCAGUGAAUGAAAACCAUGAAAUGUACAUGAAGGAUUCUAUGUCUGCUGCAGAGGUUGGUACUGGCCAGUACGCCACAACAAAGGGCAUCUCUCAAACCAACUUGAUAACCACUGUGACUCCAGAGAAAAAAGCAGAGGAAGAAAGAGAUGAGGAAGAGGGCAAAAAAAAAGGAGAGGAAAUCACUCCAGUCUCUGCAAUACGCCAUGACACGAAGUCAUCUUUGCUUGGCACUGAUUCAUUUCAUUCCUCAUCAACCUCACAGUCUGGUCCCCCUGUAUCUUCAACAAAGCUUCAUAGGAGAUGUAAGGAGAAUGCUCAAACCCCAUUAAGUUAUGAGUCAUCUAAAGACAUUAUGCAAAUGCACGGUGAGUCUGACUUGGACUCUGAUAGAAAAGGAAGAGUUUGCUCUGCUGAACAAGACAUGGCUUUUAGUUAUAAGCAAAAAGCUGGUAACGGCGGAACACUGUUUUCCUUCUCCUUGCAACUUCCAGAGUCAUUUCCUGCUCUCCUGGAUGAUGACGGCUACCUUUCCUUCCCUAACCUCUCUGAAACCAACUUCCUGCCUGAAAGUGUGCAGCAUUACCUUCCCAUCCGAUCACCAUCCCUCGUGCCUUGUUUCCUUUUCAUCUUUUUCUUUCUGCUGUCUGCCUCAUUCUCAGUGCCAUAUGCUCUCACUCUCUCCUUUCCUCUGGCUAUGUGCCUCUGCUACCUGGAGCCCAAGGCGGCCUCCUUGAGUGCCUCACUUGACAAUGACCUGAGUGACAGUUCAGAGGAAGAGACUGACAGUGAACAGACGGAUACUGCAGCUGAUGGUGAAACUACUGCCACAGAGUCGGAUCAAGAGGAAGAUGGAGAUCUCAAGGCACAGGAGCUAGAUAAAAAUCAAGACGACCUGAUGAAACACCAGACUAAUAUAAGUGAACUGAAACGAACCUUCUUGGAAACCUCCACAGACACUACAGUGUCUAACGAAUGGGAGAAGAGGCUUUCGACAUCUCCAGUUCGGCUUGCUACAAGACAGGAGGAAGCUCCUAUGAUUGAACCACUUGUGCCUGAAGAGACUAAACAGUCCUCCAGUGAAAAAACCUUGGAUGGUUCAGAUAUCUUCAGUUUAUUAGAGUCUGCAAGAAAACCAACUGAGUUCAUAGGAGAGGUUACUUCUACUUCACAUAGCAGGGCUCAGAGAACGGAAACAAAGACCGGCCAGGAGAUAAGUGUCAGCGAAAUGAAGGAAGAGAUUCGGCCAUAUCAGGAUGCAGUGAAGAAGGUUGUGCAGGAGACUGUAUUGGUCGAGGAGAGAUAUGUGACGAAUGUGCAUGCAAGUGGGGAUGCUGUUAAAUUGGCUGGAGAUCAGCUGGAUGCUAUGGCACAGGCAGUAUCUUCUGUUGCUUCUAGUAUGAAAGGAAAGGAGGGUUCAGCUGUGACUGAGGGGGCUAAAGAGGAAAAAAGGGAGGAGGCUGAUAAAGCUGUAACCAAACGGGAAGAAAUUGCUGCUGCUUCUCAUCAGCAAGAGGAGGAGCAGAGUGCAACAGUCCACGUUUCCGAUACAUUGGAAAGAAAACCUCAUUUUGAGUCACCAGUUGUGAAGACUGAAACCAUCAGCUUUGGCAGUGUUUCUCCAGGUGGGGAGAAGCUUGAAAUGUCUACCAAGGAAGUUCCCAUAGUUCAUACAGAAACAAAAACCAUUACAUAUGAAUCAUCACAGGCAGAUUCUGGUGCUGACUCAGAGCCAGGUGUGUUGAUGAGUGCACAAACCAUCACAUCUGAAACUACCAGUACUACAACUACUACACAUAUCACAAAAACUGUGAAAGGAGGCAUUUCAGAGACAAGAAUUGAAAAACGAAUAGUCAUCACAGGAGAUGCCGAUAUUGACCAUGAUCAGGCGCUGGCUCAGGCAAUUAAAGAGGCCAAAGAGCAGCACCCUGACAUGUCAGUGACCAAAGUAGUGGUACAUAAAGAGACAGAAAUCACACCAGAAGAUGGGGAGGAUUGA